UCACUAAGCUGGUUGAAGAUUGAGAUUUCAAGUACCCUUUCGAGCAGUUUUUUGAUUUUCUACAGAGUUCAAGUUCCACUCCCGAAAUCAGAAGAUUGAGAUUUGGGUGCAACUGGUUGGUCUCAAUCCACAGCUGCAAAGAGGUGGUGUUGGCUGAAUUUGUAACGGUGGGAUUCUUCUGAAAUUGGGUUUAAUUGAAGAUUUUGAGGAGUUCGAUUUGCUGAAGUAAGUGGACUGGUUUGAAGCUGAGAACCAGCGAGAAAGGAGGAGAUUCAAGAGUUGUUAUUGGUGGUAUGAAAAGGGAAACGAAGAGGGCAGUGAAUGUACAAUGGAUUCAGGGGUUUCUGAGAUUGGGACUAAUUCGAGGGAUUCUAUAUAGAAUGCAAAGGUAAGAUGGUGAAUUAAUCAAAUGGGUUUGUCUGCAUAUGUUAUUGUUUUGAUUGGUGAUGGAUUUCAUCUACCACCAAGAACAGAUUUGGGGGUUUUAUGUGGAUUGAAAUACGAUCAAUGUGCAAGUUGUUGAUGCUGGUUCUCAGUUAGUUGUUGUUUGGAAUUGAGAUUAAUUGUUGGCUGUGUAAUGGAGCUAAGAGGCUGAGAAGGGUUUUUACCCAGGCAAUUUUGGUUGUGAUUGAUUGAUGGCUGUAGCAGUGGAGUGGUUACCUUAGUCUCGGUUGAAGGUUAGUCAGUAGCAAGUUCAGUGAUUCAAACUUGUAAUGGAGGUUUGGGUAUCAAACGCGAUAGAGUUGAGGUUAUUGAUGUGGCUGGUAGUCGUGAAUGAUGUGCGGUGUCUCGGUUGGUGGGUUGCUGCUCGGAGUUUUGGUAUACAAGAUGCCUGCGAAGUGGAGAAAGAGCUGUAGUCGAGACUGGAAAAUGCUGAUAGUAGGCAGUCGGAGAAAGCUGCUGUCGUCAAACCGAGAUGGAGAGAGUAUCUGCAUGAGAUGCAACUGAUGGGUGUGGUAGUUCCAACAACAGAUUUAGGUGACGUUGGCUAGUCGAGAAACAACAGCAAUGGAUUCAAGGUUCUGAUUGUUCUUAAUGGCUGAAAAAACAGGCAAAGGUGGUUAUCGAUGGAUGGAAGUUUGUGGCUCGAUGGUGUACUCGAUAUUGAUUGUAUAUGGGGUUUUAUCUUGCAGUCCAGAUUGGGUUUAAUCGUAUAUUCAGUGGGGGUCUGUUAGCUUGAGAUUUGGGGUGCUUGUGAUGCUUUUGGUCCGAUAAUAAUCUGGUGUUUUGUGGUUAAAUGAUUUGAGUCAAUGGGUUCUGUUUAAUAAUGUUUGAGUCGAAGCAGUAGAUUGCAGUGGUGAACGAAUGGGUGUUGGUCGAGAUGGCGCUACUGAUAUUUUUACUGGCAAGGAACGUGUUGCCAAUGGAGCUCAGUUGGCUGAGAUGGACAUGUAGUUGGCUGAGAUGGCAGCGAGGCAAGGAGCUGGUCGACUGGUGGAUGUAUGGAACCUUAAGAAUCGGCAGCAGCAAGGAUAGGUGAUGAUUUUAUGGGUUUCGAGAUGGAUAUGUUGGCUGGUAAGUUUAGUACGAAGAGAGGGCUCGGACAAGAGAUGUAAUUUUAUCAUGGGAGAAAAGGGUAUAAAUGGCUCAGGGAUAAAAGUGUAUCUUGGAUUUCCAGUAAAACACCCUCUGGUUGGAAAUGAGAGACUCUCAGGCUUGAAUCAAAAUGUAACCACGGAAAGUUGAAGAAUCUGGUGAGCCCUUAUCCUGUGAAAUGAGACAAGUAGCUGUAGUGGAGGAGGAUGUGGUGAGCCCUUAUCAGAUUGGGGGACAUGAUAAAUAUGAGGAGCCAGAGAUAGUGAUUUAAAACAAACAGACCUCUAAGAAGAGCUGAUUGAAGGAGAAGACCAGACUAAUAAUUUUUAUACCAGAAAAGUAGACAUGGACUGAAGAUGUUGUGAUUAGUUUGCACAAGUAGAAAACCUAUUGCACAGGUUUUGUGAAUUUUCACAAGAGUUUCUGAAUUGGAAAUCGAUUUGAAGAACCAUUCCAUGAUCAGACUAAUUCCUAAACCUGAAGAAAAUAUACAAGGCUUAAUCUGAUCAAGAAGAAGAAGAAGAAGGUUUGGUGGUUCUCACUACUAGCUUCCGGCAUUCAUCAUUUUGGAGAUGGCUGCUGAUUCACCAACCUUAUUUUCCUCUUCUCCCAAUAGUACUCUAGAUCAUGCAGGACAUCAUGGGUUAUCGGCACCUGCGAUAGUUGGGAUAGUGGUAGCAGUUGUACUUGUAAUUUGUGUUGUUGUUGCUGUGUUCUGCUACUUCCAGAGAAGGAAGAAGAAGCGGUUGGAGAUGCUAGUACGUACAGGCAAAGGAAUGCAAACUUUGGAAGCUUCGCGCCAGCUGGCUAAUCGGAUGCAGCCUACAGAAGCUGGUAAUGCUGUGCGCCAGCCCACUAUUCAGCUGCACAACACCGAAGCUGGUAAUUGCUCUUCAAGGGUGGAAGGCGAGUUCUCCUUUGGUUUCCUACAAGAGGUAACGCAAAACUUCAGUGAACAAAAUUUGCUAGGCGAGGGGGCAUUUGGGAAGGUCUAUAGAGGGAAGUUUCCGGACGGGACCGAGGUUGCUGUUGAGAGGCUGAAUCUCAUAUUAGACGUAGCUGGGUUGAUGGCGUUCCAGGCUGAGCUCUCCAUUUUGAAGAUGACACACAGACACCUCGUAUCUGUGAUUGGGUUCUGUAACCAAGGCGUUGAGCAUCUGAUUGUUUACGAAUUCAUGGAGAGCGGAACACUACACCAAAAGCUCUUUGAGUGGAUUGACACUCGUGGCAACCCCAUGAGCUGGGAUGAGAGGAUUGUAGUGGCGCUAGAUGUGGCUAAGGGCUUGCACUACCUCCACAGUCUGUCCAGGGAGGCCUUUGUACACAGGGAUGUAAAAUGUAAAAAUAUCCUGCUCGACAGGGAUAUGAGGGCCAAAAUCUCGGAUUAUGGCCUGGUGAAGGCAAUGACAGAUGAUGAGAAGUCGGUGGUGACCAAGUUAGCUGGAACUCGUGGAUACCUUGCGCCUGAGUACGCAAUGACUGGUCAUUUGUCGAUCAAAGCUGAUGUGUACACUUUUGGCAUAGUUCUCUUAGAACUUAUUACAGGUCAGACGACAGUGGACGAUGGUCAGGCAGGGAAGAAUUUGGCGAUGCGCUUUCGUCCCGUCUACAAGAGGGGCAUGGAGAAUGUGAGAGCUUUGGUCGACCGGUCACUCGACCCGGAUGCGCAGGGCCUUAAUGGAGGCUGUGAGGCUUGCAAUGGAGUGCACGCGCACUGAUCCAUGGGAUCGGCCUGGUUUUGCAGAGAUUACUGCUAGGCUGGGGCUUGUAGCUGAGAGAUGGCCCCAGCGUGCAGAGGAAGAGGAGGAGGAAGAAGAAGAAGCUGCUUUUGACAGGGAACGUUUUCUUCGGGAUUUGGGUAAUGAUGGAGAAGGCACCACGGCUUAUUACAGCGUCUGGGACUUGGAGCAGGGUCAGUCAGAAGAAACAGAGAUCAAUCAGCAAUUUACGUGGAGAGCUUAGUUUGACUCAACUUGGGGAGUUAUGUGCGUACAUAGACUUGGCAUUCAAAUAAGAAGAGUAGAAAACGUACAAUAGGGAAUGGUUUUGAUGAAAAUGAAGUGGUUGAAGGUAAUGGAGUCUAAAUUUUUUAUAUGUAUAUCAUUUGAUGAGAGGUUGGCAUCUAAAUCCCUAGGAUUCAGCUGCAUUUGUGGACAAAGUGAAUCACUGCAUAUAGAUGCAUUUGGGCUUUUUCUUCUUACCUAUUUUUUGUUGUGAUCCCCUUAGGAAUGAACCAGGUGCAUGUAAUUAGUUCAUUUCAUUAUUUUAGAGGUUUUAUUGACAUACCUAAUUUCUGAUGGGGUUUUCUAAUCCGUAGUGAUUUGAUUUUAGAUGAAAAUCAUUGAUUUUGUUUUGUA